ACCCGUCGUCGCACAACGUGGAUCAGCGGGUAAGUUAACGUUGUUCUCUCAUCAUUCUUUCACUGUAUCCAUCAUGAGCAACAACCGAGUAGACGUGCACAUAAGUGAGGGAAGAUUAAUCGGCAUUAUUGAAAAAACUGUCUAUGGGGAUCAUUAUGUCGCUUUCCGAGGAAUACCGUACGCAAAGCCGCCGGUUGGCGAACUCAGAUUCAAGGAUCCGGAACCACCGGAAGCAUGGUCCGGCAGCAGAGAUGCCUCAAAAUAUGGAAACAUUGCUAUUCAAAUUGAUAUAAUGAAACAAGAAACGGUGGGUGACGAAGAUUGCCUUUAUCUGAACGUAUAUACUGCAGAUAUCGUUAAAAAACGUCCAGUUAUGGUGUGGAUUCAUGGUGGCGGUUUUAGACUGGGUUCCGGUGAUGCUUCCGUGUACGGUCCUGAUUUUAUUGUUCAGAAGGACGUAAUACUAGUAACGCUAAAUUACAGAUUAGGAGCUCUUGGUUUCCUAAAUCUCAAUGAUAAAGUAGCAACGGGCAAUCAAGGUCUAAAGGAUGUGGUGAUGGCUCUACAAUGGGUCCAAAAAAAUAUAUCACAAUUCGGUGGGGAUUCAAAAAAUGUCACUAUCUUUGGCGAAAGUUCUGGUGGAGUUAUCGCGCAUUAUCUAACUCUGUCUCCGUUGAGCAAAGGAUUAUUUCAUAAAGCGAUAUCGCAAAGCGGCGUUGCUACAAAUCCUUGGGCCUUAACUGAAUGGACGGACAAAACGAUGAAUAAAAGUUUCCUACUUGCCGAGAAACUUGGAAAAGCGACAUCAGAUCCGAAAAUCGCUUAUGAGUUUCUAAAAAAAAUCGACGCGAAAAAACUCAUAGAAACUGCACAAAAAGUUCUUCCUACAGAAGCAGAUCGUAUGCAAUUUACAUUACUAUUUACACCCAGUUUAGAUUAUGAAUCACCGAAUCCAUUCUUUCCGGAACAUCCAUCCACGUUAGCACGUCGCGGAGUUAAAGUACCAUUCCUUUUAGGAAAUACCAGUUAUGAAGGAUCUUUCUUCAUACACGGUUCAUUUUUCGGACGCAUAAGCAAGAACACUCUUAAAAAAAUAGAUUCCGAUUUUAAGAAGGCCAUAAUAUCAAAAGUUUUAGCUGUACUACCAAAGAUACCGAUCACAGUCGAAGAAUUACGAUUUUUAUAUUUUGGUAACAAAUCAAUAUCAGAAGAAACUUUAAUAAAUUACGCUGAUUUUCUUGGUGAUCUCAAUUUCUAUCGUGGCACUAUGGAAGCGGUCGACAUCCAAAUGAAUUCUGAUAUUAACACGCCAACAUAUUUGUAUAAAUUUUCAUAUAAUAGUAAAACUUACGUUAGCAAGAAAAUGAAUAUUUCGUUUCCAGGAGUGACUCAUGGCGAAGAUAUAUUUUAUUUAUUUUAUUCUCAUAUAAUGAAAGAUUUUGAUAUGCCACCACCUGAACCUAAUUCGGAGGAUUAUAAAAUGAUAAAUCGUUUCACGCAAAUGUGGACAGAUUUUGCUAAAACAGGAGAUCCAACGCCUGCUAUUACGAAUUUGACUCCCGUCAAAUGGACUCCAGUGAAGGACAGAAAUAUAUAUAAUUAUUUAAAUAUUGAUAUUGAACCUCGGAUGGAAAUCAUUCGUAAAGAAGAACAACGGUGUGAUUGGAAAAAUAUUAAACAUUAAUUAUUUACCUUAUAAAAUUGAAAAGUUUGAUAAUUAUUUAGUUUAAGGAACACCACGCUUAUGACCUUGACAUAUGUUAUCAAAGAUAUGACUCUGAGUAACUUUUCCUUAUAACUUAAUCGGCGGUCAUCGUUAAAAAGUUAUUAACAAAAAAAGUUGGAAAAAUAUUUAUGUAGAAUAGAACAACACAUGUCGCUAUUUGGAUAAUGCGAAACAUUGCAGGAAACGAACAGCGUGGAUUUUGUUUGGCGUGAAAAAUAGUAAACCCUUUUACCGUAAUAUUAAUAAACGCUUGUACUGUACCAUGGGUUUGCGACUUGAAGUAAAGCAGAGAUAUCAUGUAUUGUAAUUAUAACUUUUUUUGUUAAUAACUUUUUAACAAACAAUAACCGCCAAUUAAGUUAUAAGGAAAAGUUACUCAGGAUCAUGUCCUUGACAACAUGUGUCAAGGUAAGAUCAUCGGCGCAGUGUCCCCUAAACUAAAUAAUUACCAUACAUUUUUAUUAACAAAAGUAUUAAAAUAUUGUUAAUAGUUUUUGAACUAUAAAUCUAUUGAAAUCAAAAAAUAUUUUCUAAAUUAAAUUCGAGAAUUUAAUUCUGGAUUCUAGAUAUAUAUAAAUUUAUAAUUCUAGUUUCCUACUUUUUACUGAUACAUUCCAGUUUUUCGACAAUAAAAAAAUAUAUAUGUAAAA